GAAAGUGUUAUUGUUUUUGGAAACUUGGAACACAAGGCUGGGGAAGUGUCUGACUAUCGAUGCCCAUAUGAGAGUGGUGCUCUAGUAGGAGAAGAUAUGAAGAGGAGAGUCUCAGAUCUGUCCGCUCUCAGAUCGGGCCAAGAAGCACUCAAAACCCUUAGAGCUUUUACCCCAAGGUCCCGCCAAAAGUCUGUCAUUUCUGGGCAAGGCCGACUGGUGAAAAAAUUUACUAACCUCGUCUUCAACUCUUCUGACGCAUCCCUAAGUGUUAUCAUGGAUGCUUCAGUUUCCCAAACUCGCCUUAUUACUCAAGGUCUUUCCCCUCCUCACUCUAUUCGGCCAUUUGUGAUUGAGGCUGAGACGAUACCGAUAUCAGAUAAAGAUCUGGUCAUUGCUCCUACUUUUGAUCAGCCCAAAGUAGUAGAUACCCUAGGCGAUGAUGCUUCUAAGGACAUUGCCGCUACUUCCCCCAAGGCCAAGUCUUCUCUCUAG